AUGUCCGUCACUUCGACUACUUUGUCAUCUUCCGCUCCUCGGAAGCGGCGCCACCGAAGCAAGAUCCGGCCCCCAAGCAGCCAAGACGACCUGAAGCAGAGGGCCCCGCGUGCCCUGCGCAAGGUACAGCGAGCCAUGCGGGCGCUCAGCAAGGUCACGAGCCAGCGGACCAGAGGCCCAGCUUGGGAGGUAGACUUUGCGACUGCUCAGCGCCGCUUGGAGCGCGCCAACUCGGCCAUGAGCCGUCUCUCCCGCGCUUUGAGUAGGUUGAACGCCCUACCUACCUCUAGUGGCCAGGCUGAGUCGGGAUCGACUUCGUCACCCCGUAGGGCCCCACGUGCGACACCUCCGCCAGCUUUGCCUGUCGUUCCACGAGCCUCGCCACCGCGCCCGGAUACCCCGACCCCGGCGCCAGCCUCUCGUUCUCCCACCCAACUGUCUCAGCGGCCAGAUCCAGCACGGUCUCCACAUUCACCUUCCGCCUCCGACACGGCUCUUGGAGACCUCCCGCUUGUCUUGACUGGCAGCAGCGCCGCGCUGUACGAGUGA